AUGGCAGCCCGCUUAACCAAGCUCUUCCUGCAGAACUGCGCGUCGACAAAGGAAGACGCGAGCAAGCCGAACAAGCGCUCGUCGGCAAAGAGUAAGGCACCGGCCUCGAGCUCUAGAAUGUCCAAGAAGGCUCGGAGGAAGCUUAAGGCACAGCAAAGCAAGAAAGUGUCUGGCAGGUCCAAGGUGAAGGUGUUGGAAGCAGCCCGUCGUGAGCUCGAGCAGGCUGACCGUACUGCUCAAAACCUACGCAAACUCAAGAGCAUAGCGCCUGCCAAGUCGCAACGUCUCCUGGAAAAGGUGCUUGCGCAGCGAACUGCUGCUUUCCGGUAA